AUAACAUUAACUAGCAUUGAAAAAGUAAUAUUUGCUCUUUCUUUUCUUACAUUCAAUCUCAUAUAUAUAGAAAGUGUUGAUUUUUUUAUUCUUAGUGAAUACGUCGAAUGAUGAAUGUGCAUGGACUUAACUUUAAUAAGAUGGUAAUAAUAAGUUUUUUGAUUUGUUUCUGUCUUAUAGAUCUUCCUCGAAAUUAAUUUUUCCCACCUUGUAUGGUACAAGAGAAGGAGAGUUAGAAGAAUAGCAAUUGUAAACUGCAUAUAGGGAACCUUCCUCUGUAGAUAACUGAGGAGACAUUGCAACGAGUAUUCUCGAAAUAUGGUUAGAUAAAGGAAGUGAAGAUCAUUCGAAAAAAUAGUUAAGGGGUUAGUUUUUUAUUUAAAUAAUAUAAGUAACCUUUGAAAGAUUAUUGCUAUGGGUUUAUUCUUAUGUGUGAUGGUGAGGGAGCAUAUAAUGCUGUGACUGAAUUGAAGUAAAAUAGUCCUUUAGGUACAACUUGGACUGUGGCAUUCAGUAAGGACAAAAAUGAUGUAUGUUUGUAAAUGGUAUUUGACAUGAAGGACUCUGCCGGUGUUGGCCAUUAGAAAUUAGAAAAGAGGAAGGAUGAUAAACUAAAAAAAUAAACAAAAGAUAGAAUGAAAAAAGAUAAGAUUAAGGCUAAAAAGAAGGUUGUAAUUUUAAUUCAUAAAAAUAUAAGAAAACAGAAUCAUCUUCAUCAUCAUCCAAUUCUUCGAAAGAAAGAUAGUUUAAAAAAUAAAAAAAGAGGAAACAAUCAAGUUCACCUGAAUCAUCUCCAUCAAAAUUACCAGAAAGGAGUGCCCUUGUAAGAAUUGAAAGUAUGCCAAAAGAAAAUAAUCUUUUUGAAAUGGUAUUUUCAGGUGAACCAUAGUCUAAUCAAGUAUGUGUAUGUUUAUAAGUAGUAAUUAUAAUCGCAAUAUUAAAUUAAACAUAAUGUAAAUGUAAGAGAAUUAUUUAUAUCUGGUAUUCCUUAAUCUAAAACAUAAUCUGAUAUAUAGAGAAUAUUUUCUCAUUAUGGUAUAGUGGAGAGAAUAGAUGUAAUGCAAAAAUAGUUAGUAAAUUUUGCAUAUGUUAAAUUUAAAAAAUUGGAUGCUGUAAAUUAGGCAAUAUAAAAUUAAUAAUAUAUUGCAGAGUAACUAGAGAGUGCAGGAUAAGUAAAGAUAUAUUAAUCAGAUCCAUUUAAACGAGCAUAAAUAGUAGGGAAUGCUGAAGAUUGUGAGAAGGUAAAGAUAUAAAUGAAAAUAAAGGAUGAUGAUAUGUUACCAGUAAUGUUUAUAGGAUUUCCACCAAACUAAAAUUUUACUAUAGAUGAGAAAUUCAUAAGAAAAAUGGCUGAAAAGUAUGGAGGCGAUGUGAAAGGUGUUUAACUAUUCUUACCUUAAUCCCCAUAACUUAGAUCAUAUGUUUUGAUAGAAUUUGUAUAACUUAGAGAUUGUAAGAAGGCUAGAAGGAAGUUUUGUAGAUAUAAGAUACAAAUAUUAGGAGAUAAGAAAUGUGAUGUUUCUAUUCUAUCAAAUUAUUCUACAAAAAAUACAUAGAAUAAAAAAUAAGCAAAUCUUUUUAUGCCAUAUGGAAUGGGUAUAAAUGACUAUGAAAAUAAUAGAUUAUAUGACAGCAAAUCAAUAGAUUCCGAUGCAUUCUUAAAUGAUGACAAGACAAUUUAAUAUGAUGCAACCAUAUGCUAAUUAUGGAGAUUAUAAUUAAAUGCCUAUUAUUUAUCCUUAGUAAUAAUAAUAAUUAUAAAUGAUGUAUAUUAAACCUUAAGCAUCACUACCAUUGUCAAAUUAGUAAUAAUUUGGACCACCUUAAUCGUAACUUACAAAUCCUUAUUAUUAAUAAGUCAAUACCUAACCAAUAAAUUAAAAUUAUAUGUCAUCAAAAUUUAUGGAAAUGAUAAUGCCUCCUACUCAAACUAUAAAAACAGAUGAUAUUAAUACUACUUUUUGGAGUGGUUAGAUGAAUAGAGGUAAAUAUCAUAAAGUUGGUAUUGAUGCUCGAAUGUACAGUACAUCUACUGAUAAAAAUAAAAGUAUCAUUAUAAUAAUAUUAUGAUUUAGUUAAUUUACCUUGCAAUUUAGAAAUGAGUUAUAUUUGUUCAUAUUAAGAUGCCUAUCAAAGAGCUAUAUAAGAUGAUGAUCAAUCAGCUAUUCUCAUAUUCAGUCCUGCUUAAGAAUCUGAUCAUCCAAAAUUUAUAGAAUUUAUCUAAUAUUUAAAGAGUAAAGUAAUUAUUCUUUUCUAUUUCUUAAGUAAAGGGCUGGAGUCAUUCAAAAUGAUCUCUUUUCCAUUUAUGUUAUUCCUCCUGGAGUACCUGAAGCACUACAAAUUUGCAAUAUUAAUCAAGAAGAAAUGAUUGCCAUUUAUUGUUAAAAAGAUUUAAAGUUAUGA